AUGAUGCCCCCAAAGCUCGACCAGAAGCCUCCAGAAGAAUGGGGGGCCCCAAAAGGCGCGCCUGAGUUUGUGCUGCUUUUGCUGCUGGGGUUGGGGGGCCCCAGCAGCAGCAGCAGCAGCAGCAGCAGCAGCACAGCUGGCUGCAGCGCCAGAGCCUUCAGCAGCAGCCGGCGAGGCUGCGGGCACUUGGGCGAAUCAUGCAUUGGGAGGCAUCAAAUGGAAAAGCCUCACGCUGCUGCUGCUGCUGUAGUUGCUGCUGCUGCUGCAGUCGCUGCUGCAGUUGCUGCUGCAGUUGCUGCUGCAGUUGCUGCUGCUGCCGCUGCUGCUGCAGCUGCCGCGGCUGAGGAUGUGGAAGCAGCGACUCAAUACCUGCUUCUUGCUGCCGCCAAGCAGCAGCAGCAGCAGCAGCAGCGGAAGCAGCGGCAGCAGCAGCUGCUGCGGACCCCCGCUGCUGCCGCCGCUGCAGCAGCAGCGGGGCACUUCAGGCCGAGCAACCUGCAGCAGCCGCACCAGCAGCAAUGGAAGCAGCAGCAGCAGCAGCAGCAGCAGCAGCAGCAGGGGGCCCCCCAGCCCCACAAGUGCCCCGAGGGGGCCCCCCCUGGUGUCCCGGGGGGCCCCCUGGGGGCCCCCGGGGGCCCCCCGGGGGCCCCCGGGGGGCCCCAGGGGGCCCCCGGGGGGCCCCCCGCCACCUAUGAGCUGCCGCUGUGCGGCUGCUGCUGGGGGGCCCCCCAGGAGGCAGCAGCAGCUGCUGCAGCGCAGCAGAGUGCUUCUCAAGGAGCAGCAGCAGCUGCUGCAGCGCAGCAGAAUUCUUCUCAAGAAGCAGCAGCAGGAAGCUGCUGCGCACAGUGCAGGGGCCUCUGCUGGCUUGACGCUGGGGGGCCCCUGGGGGCCCCCCUGUGUCUGCUGCAGCUGCUGCAGGGGCCCCCCGGGGGGCCCCCGAAGCAGCUGCCGCUGCAUGCAGCAGCAGCAGCGCGGCUGCUGCUGCUGGCUGCCCUUAGGGAAGCUGCUCCGGAGGCGUUGCUGCAGCAGUCAACUCACCCUGCUGCGGAGCUGGCAGCAGCAGCAGCAGCUGCUGCUGCUGCUGCUGCUGCUGACAAGAAGCUGUCUUUUGGUCUUGCUGCUGCGUGGAGGGCCCUUAGCCGCCCCUUUUUCCAGCAGCUUGUAGAUGUGGAGAUCUCCUCGUGUCUUGCUGCUGCUGCUGCUGCUGCUAGCGCUACUGCUGCUGCUGCUAGCGCAACUGCUGCUGCUGCUAGCCCCGCUGCUGCUGCUGCUGCUGCUGCAGAGGAAGUACCGCUGCAAGAGUUCGUGAAGCUGCAGCUGCUGCUUGCUCUUUUGCGCUGUGGCGUUGCCCGCCGGCCCACGCCGCAGCAGCAGCAGCAGCAGCAGCAGCCAGCAGCAGCAGCAGCAGCUGCAGCAGCAGAUUGGCCUGACUGGGCAGCAGCAGAGGCCUGCUCUUUCAAGGUGGCAAUUUCGUGCAGCGCUCACGUCAACAGGAGCAGCAGCACAGCAGCAGCAGAAGCAGCAGCAGCUGCUGCUGCAAACAAUGGCCCAGAUAGCCGCGCCGCAGCAGCAGCAGCAGCAGCAGCAGCUGCUGCUGCUGCUGCUGCUGGGCACACUGCAGCGAAGGAAGAGGCCCUGUGCUGCGGGCGCUUAAGGGACCUCCGGAUCGUUUUGAAGUCUCUUUUAGUAACAGGCAAGGCUCUGCGCAGUAAAGACCUAGUGUUUAGGCUGGACAUGUCAGUGGAAGAGGCCUUGGGGCUGCCGCUGCAGCGGCUGUUUGAGGCGAAGACCUUCAAAUUCAUGGCUGCUGGCAGGGAAGACUCAGAUGUGCGCAUGCUGGGGGAUGGCCGCCCUUUUGCUUUGCUGCUGGAGAACUGCAGCAGAUGCCCCGAAGACCUCAUUAACGCUUUAAGUCGGGAUUGCAGCAGCAGCAGCAGCAGCAGCAGCAGCAGCUGCAGCAUGGGCUCUUGCUGCACCUGCUGCACUUCAGGUGCUGCAGCAGCAGCACCUGAAGUGCAGCAAGGCUCUUUACCCCCUUCCAAGCGCUGCUGCACCGAACGAGCAGCAACAGGCACCACUGCAGCAGAUGCAGCAGCAGCAGACGCGGUAGCAGCAGAUGCAGAAGCAGCAGCAGCAGAAGGCGCAGCAGCAAAGAAAGCAGCAGCAGCAGCAGCAGCAGCAGAGGGAAGUGAAAAAGCCCUCGACAAACUGCUGCUGCAGUGGUCGCAGCCAGAAGGGGCCCCACAGGACCGCGUCUUGCCUUUGUGCUGCAGGGGCCCCCUAAGCAGUGCAGCGCAGGUGGCCUCCUUGCUGCUGCUGAAGCAGCAGCAGCAGCAGCAGCAGCAGCAGCACUUGGCCGUUAGCAGCAGCAUUGCUAACGGCAGCAGCAGCAGCAGCAGCAGCAGCGAAGCACGGCUCCAGCUGUGCGCCUCUUCGCAUGUUCCUUUAGGGGAAUCGGUGAAACGCUGCAGCAGCAAUGAAGAGCCUUCAGCAGCAGCAGCAGCAGCUGCUGCUGCUGCUGCUGCUGCUGUGACAGUGCAGCAGCUGCAGUUCCACAGCAACAGCAAAGCCUUGCGUCUGGCGCUGCAGUUGGGCGCUGAGGAGAAGGUCAAGUGCUACGAGGCUUUGGUGUUCAGCGCCCUGCCGCUGCAGCAGCAGCAGCUGCAGCAGCUGCAGCAGCAACUGCAGCAGCAAGGUGGCCUGCAGAUACACCAGAAAACGCCCCUCCGCGUGCUGCACAGAAGAUCGCUAGCUGCAAGGCCAAGACAAAUCGAAGCCCUCAGCUUCCAGCUGCUGGGGCCCCACUUAUUUGUUUGCCGGCUGAAGACCCAGGCAGGCACAUAUAUCAAAGAGUUCGUGCACGGGGACAUGGGCAGGACAAGACCCAACCUCAGCGAGCUCUUGGGGGCCCCCCUAGACCUUCUGCUUCUUGACGUGCUGGCCCUCCAGUUCUAA